CCUCUCUUCACCAGGCCGGUAGGCUGGAUAAUGCAACCCACCAAGAAGCGCCCGGGCAAGCUGUGCCUCAUGUGUCCAUUCAUCAAAACUAAUCCAAAGAGGGCACUCUUUCCUCGCAUAAAAGCGCUGAAAUAGCUUAAUGGCUGGGCCGGAGGCAACCAAUGGAUCCCAUGGUCAACAACUUCAUGAGGCUCUGACACAGCUGGACAGGCCGUGAUAAGCUGAUUGCUGUGGAACUUCAUCUACGUUCCAUUUCGGCCCAUACUUACAAACGCCUUGACGUCGCCCAGACCUUCAGUUGCCCCAACGCGGAUGUGGAUGAUGAAGUCUUCGGAAUCUCAAGAUAAACCUCUUGCUGGUCGUGGCACCAACUUCGCACAUGCAUGGCCUGAAGAUCGGUCGAAUGCUCACGACAAGAAGUUCCCGAGCGACAGCAUGCCCGGCACACGUUCUGAACCAGCUGGGAUCCCAAACCCCACAAUCCGAAUCACGGGAGCCGAUGGGGCAUCUCUACGUGAACAAUCCCCGGAAAAUCCUCACGAAGUGCCAGGGUGCGAGCGAAGUCAAGGUUCAUAUAGUAUCCUCGACUCCGAUGACUGCAGGUCCGUGUACACUCCAUCUGAAGACCUCGAUCCUACUGAGGAGGCUUAUUACCAUGGGCUGGACAAGGAUGGUUGGCACGAGCGUGGGCAAGAUGAUUUGGAACUGAAAACAAGCAUGGAAGAGUCUCUCGAGCAGCUGGAAUUGACUUCGUCAAACCGAAUAAAUGUUGGAGGUGACAUCAAUCCCGCGCAAGUUGCACCUUUUCGAGAUCAAAAUGGUGGCCUACCUGCGCUCAGCAGAGAGGAGACACACACUGUGACCGGAGGACGUGGCGAACUGGACCUUGGACGAAGGGUAAACUUCGAGAGCGGCCUGGGUCAAAGCUCUCACCUACAUAUAACGCCGUCACAUGAACACCCAAAAGAACCUCUUGAAGAUCGACUACUUGACGCAUUAGUCAACAACGACACGACUUGGGGAUUCUUCCCGGUCAACUCGCUCCCAGAUAUAAUCACCGAGUCGACCGUUAAGGAGGAGCUUCAGAAGCAUUUCAAACCUGCGAUGAAGGACUGGGACGGCAUAUCGAGAUAUGCACGGAAAAUCUGCGGGACAUCGUCCUCAACAACAGCCUCCUUCCGAAAAAUAUUUGCCAUACUGGUCAUGAUUGGGAAGACGCAAGCGAUCUUCAAGUUCGUGGACGAAAAGGUCAAUGACUCUAAUCUCCCAUUGACAGCGUGUUACGUACCUUCAAAGCAGGUCCAGAUCUCUGAGUUCCGACGGUCACGUGGACGAUACGCCGGAGACAGAGUGGAAUGCUUCCGCGAAGGGUGGAACAAGAUAGAGAUGAAGAGUUUUGAGCAGUGGCAAUGGAGGACCCUAGCCCCAAUCUUUGAGCAAUCGGAUGAAGACAAAAGUGUGUCGCACUAUUUUUCGCCAACAGGCAUGAUUACCUUACCAUUCAUCCACGACAGCGGUAUAGCUGGCAGGAGAGCAGAAGAGUUCGAAGGUGGAGGCGGCCGUGUUACCAAAGUCAGGAUUCACCCGGACCAUCAUUCCUUCCAUUAUAAAGAUUGCCCUCGGAAUAACGCAACUGCAGCGAGCAAUUCUUCUGACACUACAACUCCUUCCAGGGACCGAGAUUGCGAUUGCCGUUUUGCCAUCAAGCAGCUGCAUUCCACAGACGAGGCCUUCCAACAAUUCAAGAAGGAGGUCGAUGUGCUCAGGCGGUUUAGCAAUGAGAAGAACAACCACCUCAUAUCUUUACUAGCCACUUACGAGCACAACGAUGACUUCUACUUGAUCUUUCCGUGGGCACAAGCCACCUUGAAGACUUACUGGGAAGAGAAACACCCAAAUCCCAGUCUGGACACACAAACCGUACUUUGGGUUGCCGAACAAUGCAAGGGAAUCGCAUACGGAGUGUUGGCGAUCCACCAGUAUAGGUCGGGCAAGUGGAGCAAGACCGAACUUGACCCAACAGCCGGUCAAAAUGUCCAAUUUGGCCAUCAUGGCGAUAUCAAGCCUGAGAAUAUCUUGUGGUUUCAAGACGGCCACGAGACCAAUGCCGGAUCAGAGGGAUUCCAGAGAGGAACCCUCAAGCUAACAGACUUUGGCCUUGCCGCUAUCAACACAAACCGUACCGUUUCGAGACAAGUUUUUGGGUUUCCUUGUUCGAGAUCAUAUUGCGCUCCCGAGGCCGAACUCCUGAAUUGCGGGGGUCCUGGAAGACAGUACGAUCUGUGGACGCUGGGUUGUCUCUACCUUGAGUUCAUAACCUGGAUGAUGGGAGGAUGGAAAUUAGUCAAAGACUUUGAACGCGCACGAAGCACCAUGGAUCCACGGUGGGCCUGGAAGGAUAUCAAGACAGACACUUUCUUUGAGGUCAAAGCUGAAGGCGACGUCUCCGGGCAAGUAAGCAUGAAAGCAGAAGUGAAGCCACAGGUGACAAAGUUUGUUGAAAGGCUUCACUGUAACCCAAGAUGUAUCCAGUUCGUUCACGACUUUCUAAACAUGAUUCAGACUGGCUUGCUCAUCGUCAGGGAGGAUCGCCAUCAGGAGGUCAGGUUAACCAGUGAGCAGGUUCACGUGGAGCUGACCAAGAUGCUGAAGAGAUGCAAACAAGAAGAGUCGUACGGCUGCACCCCAUGCCCGUGGGAAAAUACUUCGACCCAACAGAAGUGACAAGGAGCUGAAGCGGGAAAUCCCCGAUGGCUUGCCUUUGACGCUUGAAUGAAGGAAAGUUGUGAAAGCCACUUAUUCUGUGAUACCCCAUAUUUCUUAAACUUAGUUCACGAUCAUUGUUGAUGCUUGACCCGUGGUCAUUAACUUGUCCUUCGUUCUU